AGUUGGGUGACCUUUCUCAGGAGCGACCGUGACGGUCUCCUAGAGCCAUAAAUAGGACCGAUCGCUACUCGACUUGUGGUUAAGCCGACAGCAUUCCAACCCUCGCACCAGACUCAAUAUUGAACUAUUAUUUUUCACCAUGGGCUCUAUCGGUAAUUUCUAUGAAGCAAACGCUCCAAAGGCAGCCAGGACGGGAUGCCAUGGACCUUACGAGAUCAUCGAGGAACCGAGUCGCUCUCGGCGCAAGAUCCGCAUUAUUGUGAUCGGAGCGGGCGCCAGUGGGUUGAACUUUGCGCACGAUAUCGAUCAGAGCACCCUGAACAUUGAGCUAGUGCUGUAUGAAAAAAAUCCCGAGGUUGGUGGCACUUGGUUUGAGAAUCGUUACCCCGGAUGUGGAUGUGAUAUUCCCUCUGUGAAUUAUCAAUUCUCAUGGGCACCGUCGCCCAAUUGGACAUCAUUUUACUCGACUGCGCCUGAAAUCUUACAGUAUUUCAAGGGUAUUGCGGAUCAAUACGACCUGCGCAGAUAUAUUCGCUUAAACCACAGAAUCGUAGGCGCAUGGUGGGAUGAACAUGACGAACAGUGGCAUGUCAAGGUCCAAAGAGGUGACAAUCCCGUGGAUACCUUUGAGGACCAUGGCCACAUCCUGGUCAACGCAUCCGGUGUCUUGAACAAGUGGAAAUGGCCUGCCAUACACGGCCGAGAAACCUUCCGGGGCCCCAUGCUCCAUAGUGCGCAUUGGGAUGACCAAGUGGAAUUGAAAGGGAAACGCGUGGCUGUGAUCGGUUCAGGAUCCUCGGCAGUCCAAAUCGUUCCAACUAUCCAACCCACUGUCUCCUCCCUGAAAUGCUUUAUUCGCAGCGCCUCUUGGGUGACGGCAGGAUUCGGUCAGCGAUUCGCAGGAAAGGGAGGGACCAACUUCCAAUAUACUGCGAAGCAGAGGGAGAUCCUUCGGAACGACCCUCAGAGAUACCUGGCUUAUCGGAAGAAGAUUGAAUCAGAGCUCAACUCUCGUUUCCGAUUCAUCCUGAACGGCUCAGAAGAGCAGGUGAAUGCAAGAGCGUAUGCGGAGAAAGACAUGCGAACCAAGCUCGCGAGUCGGCCCGAGAUAGCGGAAUGGAUAGUGCCGAAGGAUUUUGCAGUGGGUUGUCGUAGACCGACGCCUGGCAACGGAUACCUCGAGGCCCUCUGCAGCGAGAAUACCGCGGUGGUUUCCCAAUCCAUCGCGGAGGUCACCCCCAAGGGGAUCCAAACCACCGAUGGUGUUGAGCAUGAGGUGGAUGUGAUUAUCUGUGCCACUGGAUUCGAUGUCAGUUGGCGGCCAUCAUAUCCUACGAUUGGCCGGAACGCCUGCAGUCUCAGUGAGCAAUGGAAGGACAUACCGAGGACCUACCUAUCCAUCGCUGUUCCAAAUUUCCCUAACUAUCUCAUCUUCAAUGGUCCCUUCGGCCCGUAUGGUCACGGCAGCUUCCUCCCAAUCACAGAAACGCUGUCCCGUCACUUCCUCCAGAUUUUAGAGAAAAUGUCAUCAGAGGGCGUCACCUCCUUUGAGCCCAAGAAGGAAGCAGUUGCGGACUUUUUCGAGCAUCACCGAAAUUUCAUGCCACGGACGGCUUGGACAUCUCCGUGUCGUUCUUGGUUCAAACAGGGCACUGUCGAUGGCGAGGUGAUGAUGUGGCCUGGCUCCCGAAUUCACUUCUUCGAAACCAUGAAACAGCCUCGGUGGGAAGAUUAUCACCUUCGAUACACGACCACCAAUCGGUUCGGAUACCUUGGAAACGGCUUUGCCGCCCGCGAGUUUGAUGGCAGCGAUAUGUCUUGGUACCUGGGUAGUUUGGAAGACAAUGAACGGGCCUAUCUUCCCGAUGAGGACUUUGAAGACUUCAUGGUUCGGUAGAACUGGGGGGAGAUCUAGUAAAGAGGAAAUCCUUACUUUGUUCUUUCUAGAUGCUUGCAGGACUGGCGAGGAAUUCAGUAUAGCCGCAGAUGAACC